AUGGAAGAAGCGGAGAACGGCACCAGGAAGCGCGCCCCCGGCAACGGCGUGAGGAAGGUAUCCCCUUCUCCGACGAGGUCGUCCGCCCCGGAGCAGGGGGAGCCCUCUGCCUCGCCUCCGCCGCCGCGCGUCCCCAGGUGGCUGAUCCUCGACCGCAUCGUCCACCGCAGCAGGAGGAGGCGCUGCGGGGUCGUCGAAGACGACGCCACGGCCUCCCGUCUCUACCUCAGGAUCGCCGAACCUCCCGCUGUCUCCCGAUCUUCAAUGGAAUGGAAUGUUAAGAAGGUGCAGAUCCCUGCUGACACGAAGAUAAACACCUACUUGUGGAUGACUGACGCCGUCUUGCCCAUUGGUACAUGCUUGUGCUGGGUCGACAACUACCAGGGCAUGCUGGUCAUUGAUGUCCUCACUGACAGCAACAGCACCCCAGAUCAUCAGCAAUGGCUCCGUUACAUCCCUCUGCCUAACAAGGCUUUGAAGUCUCUUGCGCCUGUACAAGGAUGCGGACGAACCUGA